AAAAGAAACAAUGAUUCUCCGGAGACUUGUUCUGUCUGCAACAUCCAACUCAAAUCUCACAAGAAGCCAACCACUCUCUGUCUCCGCUACACGCCUCCUCUCAUCUUCUCCCGAUAGACAUACUCCUUCGGGUUACGACGAAAAACUCGCCAGACUAACCCACAAGGACUGGCUAGCCCCCAACGAGGUUCUAAAAAUCUUCGAAACCGUCAAAGACCCAACCUUCCUCAUCCCUGCCUACCGACACUACUCCAAACGCAAAGACUACCAACCCACAGAGCCUCUCUACGCCCUUCUCAUCAACAAGCUCGGACACGCCAAGAUGUUCGACGAAAUCGAACACCUCGUCAAAGCCCUAACCGUCGAGGAGAAACGGUGCCGUUUCUCCGAAGGGUUCUUCUACAGCCUCAUGAAGGUUUACGGGAACUCAGCCGGGAGAAUCAAUAAAGCGAUCGAUAUCCUCUUCUCCAUGCCCGAGUUCGGGUGCUGGCCGAGCGCGAAAAGCUUCAAUUUUAUACUGAACCUCCUCGUCAAGGCGAAGCUGUUCGACGAGAUUCAUGAGAUCUUCGUGAGGGCUCCUAACCUCGGCGUUGAGAUCGAUGGUUGUUGUUUGAAUAUACUUAUCAAGGGGCUGUGCGAGAGUGGGAAUCUCGACUCUGCACUCCAACUGCUCGACGAAUUUCCUAAACUAAAAUCGCGCCCUAACGUGAUGACGUUUUCUCCGUUGUUACGUGGGUUUUGUAAUAAAGGUGAGUUUGAGGGAGCGUUUAGGUUGUUGGAGAGGAUGGAGAAGGAAGGGAUCGAGCCGGAUGCUAUCACGUUUAAUAUUCUGAUCUCGGGGCUUAGGAGGAAAGGUAGGGUCGAAGAAGGGGUUGAGGUUAUGGAGCGGAUGAAGGUGAGAGGGUGUCAGCCGAAUAGUGGGACUUAUCAGGAGGUGUUGUAUGGUUUGUUGGAUAAGAAGAGGAACUUGGAAGCUGGAGAGAUGAUGAGGAAGAUGGUUUCUUGGGGUAUGAGACCUAGUUUCUUGUCGUACAAGAAGAUGGUUCUGGGGCUUUGUGAGACGAAGGAUGCUGCGGAAGUGGAUUGGGUUUUGAAGCAGAUGGUGAGUCAUGGUUUUGUUCCGAAAACGGGGAUGUGGUGGAAAGUUGUUGGCUGUGUAGUUGUGAAGAAUAAGGACUCUCAAGAAGUGUUGGAUCGCAUUAUUGAUCGCCAGGAAACAAGUGGAUAAUGUUUGUACAUUUGUUUGAAAGAUAGAACAUGCUUUGCACAGUUCUUUGAGUGGAAGAAGCAAAGACAGAGACUCGAAAAGUUGUUGACCAAGACACAGACUCAAAACUCAAAACUCAAAAGGUGUACGCGAACCCUUUGUCGUAAAGUUACAACUACAUUGACUUGGAACAUACUCAAAUAUCCAUCCUCAAGCCUUUGGUUACCUAUGAUUCGUUUUCUAUUCUUCCAUUUGGUGUGGCGACUUUCUCAGCUCUAGCAGAAGAGUUCUUGGCAUCCAUUUAUGUUGUUUCCAAGUUUGGAUUUACUUUCUGUACCUUUGCUUCUCUAUUUUUCCGAAAUCUCUGCAACACCUUUAAAAUCUUCUUUGGAGUUUACUGAUGUAUUUACAUGAUCAUCUUCGC